AUGCGGCAGUCUAGGUUGAUAGCGGCCACUAUCAGCCUGGGUUUUCUCGCCCUCCAAGCUCCCUUCGCCACCGCGCAAGGCGAAACGAGCCUACACGAAAAGGGCCGCUGUGCCAUCCGCGGUCACUGUGGGAAGCAGUCGAUCUUCGGUGGCGAGCUGCCAUGUCCCGAUAAUGAACUGGCGCAUCAACCAGAGCAGGCUGCGAGGAAGAAGCUUGUUGAUCUGUGUGGUAGCAAAUGGGAGCAGGGGCCGGUCUGCUGUCGCGAGGAGCAGAUCGACGCGCUCUCCAGUAAUCUGAAGUUGGCCGAGGGUAUUAUCGCAUCCUGUCCUGCCUGCCGAGACAACUUCUUCAACAUCUUCUGUACCUUCACUUGCUCCCCUGACCAGUCGCUCUUUGUGAACGUCACAAAAACCGAUGAAGGCAGCUCCGGAAAGACACUGGUGACGGAAUUGGAUAAUAUCUGGACUGAAGAGUACCAGAGUGGCUUUUUUGACAGCUGUAAAAACGUCAAGAAUGGCGCCUCUGGUGGCAAAGCAAUCGACUUUAUCGGCGGCGGUGCGAAAACUUACUCUCAAUUCAUGAAGUUUUUGGGCGACAAAAAGCUACUCGGAAGCCCAUUUCAGAUCAACUACCGCACACAACCCAGCGGACAGGGCAUGAAGGCUCUGACCAUUAAACCAAAAGCCUGCAACGACCCCGACAAAUCGUUCCGCUGCUCUUGUGUCGAUUGUCCCGAAGUAUGCCCUGAACUGCCAGCAGUGUCGACGCACAAAGCUUGUCAAGUCGGGCUCCUGCCAUGUCUGUCGUUCGCAGUGAUUCUCAUCUAUUCGGUGUUCCUGCUUUUCGUCAUGGCGCUCGCUAGCUACGUCACAUUCAAAGAACGUCGGUUCCGCAAACCCGAACGAGUCCGCCUGCUUCAAGACCCGGCACCAAGCGAUGAUGACGACGAGGCAGAAGUCGUGCGUCGUGGAGGCUAUAUAGAGCAACCGCAAGGGAUCUACAAACCCAAUUCUUGGCUGUCAGCGUUGUUCUAUCGCAUCGGCGGUACUUGCGCCCGGUUCCCAGGGAUCACAAUUGUCUCCAGUGUGAUUGUGGUGGCUCUACUGAGUUUGGGCUGGCUACGAUUCACCGUCGAGACGGAUCCGGUGCGUCUCUGGGUAAGCCCUUCGUCUGCGGCAGCCCAAGAGAAGGCCUUCUUUGAUGAGAGCUUUGGUCCAUUCUUCCGGGCCGAGCAAGCGUUUUUGGUGAAUGAUACCUCGGGGCCUGGUCCGUCUCCUGUUUUAGAUUAUGAGACUCUCAGCUGGUGGUUUGACGUGGAAUCCCGAGUGCGCCGCAUGAUAUCGUUAGAUCAGGGGCUGAACCUGGAUGACGUGUGCUAUAAGCCAACGGGCGAUGCUUGUGUGGUGCAGUCUUUGACCGCAUACUUUGGUGGUUCUGUGUCCAACCUCGAUCCUGAUACAUGGAAGGACCGGCUGAGGCACUGUGCGGAGUCCCCGGGAGACCCAAGUUGCCUCCCUGACUUCCAGCAGCCUCUAAAGCCCGAAAUGGUUUUGGGUGGCUAUGAGCGAACAGGGGAUAUUCUGGAUGCCCAAGCCCUUGUUGUGACUUGGGUGGUGCGCAAUUACGCCCAGGGAACCGAAGGAGAGGCCCGAGCCAUGGACUGGGAGAACAGUUUUCGCCGGAUCUUUGAUGUUGUUCAAGAAGAGGCCGUCGAGCGUGGCCUGCGUGUGUCCUUCAACGCCGAGGUCAGCCUGGAGCAAGAACUGAACAAGUCGACCAACACGGAUGCGAAAAUUGUGGUGAUCAGCUAUGCGAUAAUGUUUCUCUAUGCCUCCUUAGCCUUGGGGUCAGUCACAGUGACCUGGAAGUCUUUUUUGACCAAUCCAGCCAAUGCUUUGGUCCAGUCCAAAUUCACUCUGGGCAUUGUUGGCAUUUUGAUCGUCUUGAUGUCUGUGUCCGCCUCGGUGGGCUUGUUCUCCGCAGCGGGCGUCAAGGUGACUCUGAUCAUCGCUGAGGUUAUUCCGUUCUUGGUUCUCGCUGUCGGCGUGGACAACAUCUUCUUAAUUGUUCAUGAAUUCGAACGUGUUAACCUCAGCCACCCUGAUGAAGAAAUUGACGAAAGAGUGGCUCUUGCCAUCGGGCGAAUUGGGCCCAGUGUCUUCCUCUCUGCGCUGACUGAAACUGUGGCAUUCGCUUUGGGCGCCUUUGUAGGCAUGCCUGCUGUCAAGAACUUUGCUGCUUAUGCGGCAGGGGCCGUUUUUAUCAAUGCCAUUCUGCAAGUCACCAUGUUUAUCUCCGUUCUCGCUCUCAAUCAGAAGCGUGUGCAAAGCCUUCGCGCAGACUGUUUCCCGUGCCUGACCGUCCGAAAGGCAAACUCAUUUGGCUUCCCGGACGAGCAAGUGUACGAGGAUCAGGAGGCUGAGAGUUCCUUGCAGGAUUUCAUCCAACGCGUCUAUGCGCCAUUCUUGUUGGAUCCCCGGGUGAAGGCCACCGUUGUGAUUGUCUUCCUCGGUCUUCUAACUGCCGGUCUGGCGUUGAUCCCUGGAGUCGCCUUGGGAUUAGAUCAGCGAAUCGCCUUGCCCAGUGAUUCUUACUUGAUUUCCUAUUUCAACGACCUGGACGCCUACUUUGAUUCUGGGCCUCCUGUCUAUUUUGUUACCCGGAAUGUGAACGUGACCCAACGGCGUCAUCAGCAACAACUUUGUGGCCGUUUCACCACCUGUGAAGAGUAUUCCUUGCCCUUCGUUCUGGAGCAGGAAUCCAAGCGUCCGAACGUGUCAUAUCUCGCCGGGUCUGCUGCUAGCUGGAUUGAUGAUUUUUUCUAUUGGCUGAAUCCUCAACAGGAUUGCUGUAAAGUCAAUGGCAAGCUGUGCUUUGAGGAUCGGCCUUCCCCAUGGAAUAUAUCCCUUUACGGGAUGCCGGAAGGGUCCGAGUUCAUCCAGUACGCGGAGAAAUGGAUUGAUGCCCCUACGGACGCAUCUUGCCCUCUUGGUGGCAAGGCUCCAUACAGCAACGCUGUUGUCAUUGACGAACAACACCGCACUAUCAAUGCCAGUCAUUUCCGGACCAGCCACACCCCAUUGCACACCCAGGAUGAUUUCAUUCAGGCGUAUCUUGCCGCUCGCCGGAUCGCAGACGGUAUCUCCACUGCACAUGGCAUCGAUGUUUUCCCGUACUCCAAAUUCUACAUCUUCUUCGACCAAUAUGUCUCCAUCGUCCGACUGACGGGUACGCUGCUGGGAUCCGCGGUUGCCAUCAUCUUCGUCCUGACAUCUGCCCUUCUGGGCUCGGUUGCUACCGGGGCGGUCAUUACCGCUACUGUCGUGAUGAUUGUGGUUGAUAUUAUUGGCACCAUGGCCGUUGCUGGCGUCUCGCUCAAUGCCGUCUCCUUGGUCAAUCUGGUGAUCUGCGUAGGUAUCGGCGUGGAAUUCUGUGCGCACAUCGCCCGAGCCUUCAUGUUCCCUUCGCGGGCGAUCAUGGAAAAAGCGCCCACCAAGUUCCGUGGCAAGGACGCUCGUGCGUGGACGGCGAUGGUUAAUGUUGGCGGGAGCGUGUUUAGCGGCAUUACGGUGACAAAGCUGCUGGGCGUCUGUGUACUGGCCUUUACCCGCAGCAAAAUUUUCGAGAUCUACUACUUCCGGGUUUGGCUGGCGCUGGUCGUGUUUGCUGCCACCCAUGCUCUGAUCUUCUUACCGGUGGCUCUCAGCUAUUUCGGGGGCGGAGGCUACUCUGAUCCUGCAUCCGAUGGUGGUUUGGAGGCCAAUCUCGCUGCGCGUGGGUAUCGUUCCUUGCUGGUCGACGAUGAUUAUGAUUCGGAUGACUAUUAG